AUGUCUGCAAAUUAUCCACAGUCGCGCCAACAGCUCGAUCGCCGCGAUGGUCAAGAUAUCAUCUACUGCCACAGAUGCGAGCAUGAAUGGUACCGUUCUAGCCGUGACUCGUCGCCACCGCCACCAUGUCCGAGAUGUGGCAGCGAUGCCAUAGAAACUGUCUCCGAGGAUAGCGACCCGCGAGAGUUUCACGCGGGAGGCAUAAACCCUUUUGAAGCGCUGAUGGGCUUCGCCGGCUCUGGCAACGAUCAAUUUCGGCUCCAUGACCUCCUACAACCCAGCGGCCCCGGCCAUCUACACGAUGACGACGAUGGCGACUCUCCUUUUCCUGGCAGCCCCGACCACCGCUCCCGUCGUCACAGCCACCGUCAUGGUGCCGACCGUCACGGCUCAGCAAAUGACUCCGACCCAGAAGAGGCCGACAUAGGCGAGGUGGAGGAACACGAGACGUAUGGGCCCAACGGAAUAUACAUGUACCGCACCGUCUCGUCCUUCCCGAACGGCCGGUCAAGCAACGGUGGCACAAGAAGGACACCGUCGGGCAGGCCGGUCGGGGGUAUCGAUCCAAGCGAACCAACGCAUAUCAUAGCCACAUUGGGCGAGUUUUUGAACAGCUUUAGGACAGUACAGGCAGGGCGGUCAGGCUCGGAGAUUCUGUUUGGCGGUCAGAACAACGGUCGCGGCAGCCGCGAAACGUUUGGUGGUUCAAGCCCAACUUUUGCAGACAGUUCGGUCAGGCGGGUACAACAACCGACGUUUAGAGGUCCACGCCUCCGCAACGGCGUAACAAACGUCACCAUCGCCACAGGCCCGGUACGAAUGGGAGGUAGACCAUCGAGUGAUUUUAACACACACUUCACAAAUAUCACUAGCAACAUGGGGCCUCCUACUUUUGGAGAGGAACAGGAGAGGGCGACCGGCAUACCGCCGGCGUUCCCGGACGCACUUCGCGGUCUGCUCGCAACACUUCUGAGCAGCAGGGAGGGCCACGUCUUUGGCGAUGCGGUGCAUUCGGAUGAGGCCUUGGAUCGCAUUAUCACUAUGCUGAUGGAGACCAACCCGCCUUCGAACGGUGCGCCACCCGCGACACAGACGGCCAUCGAGCGACUGGAGCACAAAAAGGUGGACGACAAGCUGCUUGGCCCGGAGGGUCACGCUGAAUGCACAAUCUGCAUAUCGAGUGUUGAGCUGGGGGAAGACGUUGUCACGCUUCCCUGCAAGCACUGGUUCCACGAGGAUGCCUCUUUCGGCACGGCAAGCUCUAGUCUAGGUGGUGACCGUGGCGGUGGCAACAGCCAGUCCGGGUUGGGAGGCAUCCCGGGGGUGCUAUUUUCGAGCGGCUCUCGCGUGCCGAUGGCGAUGUCCAAUGCACAGCAGACAGAGCGGCUCGAAGCUAUACGAAGGAGUGCGGGUGUGCCUUCCAACCGCUACCGCAGCCCACGGGACUCGGAGAGAACGUCGUCGUCGGAUAGGAGACGACGCGAUUCACACUCGCCGAUUCCUGGGCCGCCCUAUCUCCCUGGUCGACGCUUCAACCUUGAACAGGACAUGGAGGAAUUUUAUGGUGUGUUUGGUGUGACCCGUGAAGACUCGGCAUCUUCGUCGCACAGCCGAUGGAGCACGACUUCCCACAACAGCGGUAGCGGUGGCCAGAAUGCGUGGCUAGGCGGCGAAGCACAGCGCAGGUCUCGGGACCGGAACCCGGACCUAGGCCAACCUCGCGAACGCCAGCGUGAGCGGCACCAUGAGCGCAUAUGGUCAACGACGUCGCUCCGCGAUCGGAACCGCAACUCCAUGAUUGCAGACCAGCUCCCCGGUGCUGUUCCACCGGUCCGGCCGACGUCAUGGUUGCCGGGUCGGUAUAUGAAUUUCGGGGGUGACGGUGUCUACGACAGGGGCAACACAGGCACAGGCCCGAGUGGCGGCAACAGCAGUAGCAGUCGUAUCUGCCACGACAACGGAAGUAGCUCAAGCAUCGGCAGUGGCCCUGUUACGGGUCCUGCUGCUGGCAACAACACGGGAAGCGAAGGCGCAGCUGGAAACGGCGGCCACACGAGCUCAUCAGGGGGGAUUUUCAGCUUCCUGAGUAGAUUCAGGGAUUCCGGCAACAACCAGUCGUCGUCCAGUUCCAGGAGGCGAUCUUAA